CGCACCUGCCUGGUUCCCAGAGUAUUUGCAACUGCGCCUGCGCCUGCGCCUGAAAUUUGCACCAACCGCGUCUCAUGUGUUGGCGCCUCUCACUUCGACGGUGACGAUAUGGCAAGUUCAAACGGUGCAAGCCAACAGGCUAGUACUGAAGGCGGUGGUGUGGAAUGGGACAAGUCCGCAAAAACAUUCUCUGGGAAACAAGCCUCCGAAUAUUACGAUCCUUGUCAGGAAGCUGCAGAUCGCAGUAUCAAAUGUAUGCGUCGAAAUAACGGGGACAAAGACAUGUGUCAAGAUUACUUUCAAGCAUACCGAGAUUGCAAAAAGGAAUGGAUGGCAAGAAUGAAAUUGCAGAGGAAAUCCUGGUUCUCAUAACCUGCGCAGCCUCGAGGCCCUUUGCACAUAUGGGCCUGUAGAAUACCUCACUUUAUUGUACAAUAUGAAAAAGCAUGGCGGGAACCUGGAAGUGAGGGAGUUAAUACGUUGACUCUGAGUUGGACAGUGCAAUUAGCGAAUUUGUACUGUAUAAUCUUUUACUCUGCUCUACAUAUUGGCUGCACACCUUGUCUAUGCGAGUUUCACGCGGCAUGACAAAUAUCAAGGAUGACAACCUGAAGAAUCCCAAGAUGCAAGAUGCAAUCGUGCCU